AAGUUCGCAAACUCACUGCCUCUUCGGCGCCAGUCUCUUGUCCUCAAAGACAGGUCCACUGGUCCCAUCAUCUGGCAGGCUGGGCUUUACGCCAACGAACAUCUGCCAACGACAUCAGUCAACAUGGACGAAAUGAUGCAUAUGGGCACGCCGUGGCUGGAUAAGCCAUUGAGCGAGACCUAUCGCGCAUAUGAAUGCUCGCUCAACGAUACCCAGGCAUGCGAGUAUCAGCAGGGGUACUGGAGAUUUUGGUACGAGGCGGAUCACAGAUACGCGCUGCCCACAGUGGCAUUUUUCCUCGUCACCAUCAUCCUCUUCUCUGUGGUCCAUCUGAUCGAUCAAUUCGCGUCGCAAGGCAUCAAACAAUCGAAGCUGGGUCGAAACAUCGCCGCCCUUAACCGUUGGUUAAGCUACAAGUCGUAUCGAAUCAAUGCUCUGAAUUGGAAUUCCGCUCCAUUGGGCCUUCUCAUUCUUGGUGCUAUCGGCUUCAUCUACUUUAUGUGUAUGACUCUCGCACCGAAGCCGUACUACUGGCCAGACACUGCAGAAUUUGGAAGCUCGCCUCCGAUAGCAACCAGAGCAGGAUGGCUCUCCCUUGCGUGCAUGCCGUUUGUCUUCGCGACGGCAGGGAAGAGCAACUUCAUCACAUUGGUGACGGGUGUGAGUCACGAGAAGCUGCAGGUCUUCCAUCGAUGGAUCUCCUAUGCUUUUUUCGUGACCGCGCUCGUGCACACGUUUCCGUUCAUCAUAUACAAUAUCAAGACUGGGACGAUGGUGGAGAGCUGGAACACACUCGUAUUCUACUGGACAGGCGUUGUCGCUCUUAUCGCCCAAGGCUGGCUGACUUUUGCUUCGUUGAGUCCGUUGAGGAGCCUGAGCUAUGAAUGGUUCAAGUUCUCACACUUUGUGGCGGCCCUUGUGUUCAUGCUGUUCCUCUUCUUCCAUUGCGAUCACACACUUUCUUCGUGGGAUUACUUCAUUGCAACGGGUGUGCUCUUCUCGCUAAGCUGGCUGCACAGACAGACUCGUCUCUAUUUCGAGCACGGGUUGGGACAUCGGGCAAAUAUCAGUCUGUCAUCAAACGGUUUCAUCUGUGUUCGCAUUCCGACUACCGCGACAUGGAGGAUCGGUCAGCACUUCUUUGUCCGUUUCAUGGGACUUGGAGUGCAUGCAUCAACGAAUCAUCCCUUCACAGCUUGCUCCUUGCCUGUGGUCGGAAGUUCUGAUCGGAAACUGACGUCGGAACUGGUGCUCUACAUCCGGCCUCGUGGCGGCACUACCGCACGCUUGGCUCAUUUCGCUGAGACACAUCCUAACAGCUCUAUGCGCGUCCUUCUGGACGGACCUUAUGGCGGAAUGGACAUGCAGAAAGUGGUGGCGUGUCCUGAGCAACUUAUCAUCGCUGGUGGAUCUGGGGCUGGUUGGAUACUGCCUUUGCUGAGUGCCUUCCUGCUUCGACAGCCACUUCCUGGUUCAGAAGAAGUGGCUGCUACGGCGCCACUUUGUGCUAGGAUUGUGCUUGCAACGAGGGAUACUGCAACAAGAGAAUGGUUCGAGUCUGCCGUUCGCGACGUUCUGGCGGAGCACGGUCUUGAGAAGGCGCCAGAUGGUCUGACAAUCGAAGUGUACUACACUGGAGCUCAAGAAAGGUCAGCAAGCGUUCCGUCCAACGGCCAAUUCCUGCGGCAGUUGGAAUCUCCAGAAAAGAUUGCCACGCAGAAUAUUGUAACCUCUGCUUCGGAGUCCGACACUUCGUCGAAUUCUGGAAAGCUAUCGAACGUGCAAAGCUUGGACAGUCGCCCUGAUUUGCCGGCUCUGAUCAGAUCAGAAAAUGCACAAAGAACAUCGAGCGGCCAACUUGGCGUGUUCGUUUGUGGACCACUGAGCAUGCAGAAUGAUGUUUCAAACGCUGUUGCUGGGGAACAGCUUGCGGUACUCAGAGGUGGAUCAAAAGAAAUCUAUCUGCACAUGGAGCACUUCUCUUGGGCCUAGUUGUAGCUAUGUUCUCUGAUGAACUCAGUGUAACGAAUUUACGAAACUUUCAGACAGAAUCGGGCCAGCA